AUGGCGCAGGUGAGCACACAGUUCGUCUCUUUCUACGUCAAAAGCGACGUCGAGCCGGAAAAGCCGGCUAGUGACCGUGGCGAGGCAUUACUGAAGGUGUUUCGGGCCACCAAAAACCAAAGCGGCCAUCGCAGCUCCGUCUGGGGUCGCACGGUGGAGGAUCCGAGCAAUAUUGUAUGGGUUAUUGACUGGACCGAUGCCCGCUGCUCGAUCAAUGGGAAGCUUCUGAAGCCAUUUCUCGCCAAAGAAGAUGAACCUCUGACGUCCAUCUAUGCCACUCUUAGUCCACCUAUCAGUAGCACCGACACGCUGACAAAGAACCCGGUGACGGAGCUCUGUUUCUUGCCAUUUCCGGGCGAGAUGUCCGAAUACGAAGCCCGGCGUCUACAUGCUGAUUUGAUCCGUCUGCGCUCGAUACUCACCGUCCGGCUACCACAAGCCGAGGGCCCGGUGUCCUGGUCAAUGGGCCAAAUAGACCGGCCGAGUACGGUGCGAUGUGAGAAUAGUCCCGGAGGGCGCGCAAUUGUACAUUUGCUUGUCGUUGGCUGGGAAAGCGUGGACGUUCAUCGAAGGGCCAGAGAAACGAAAGUGUUUGUCAAUGGUAUCACCCCGAUCAGAGAGAAACUGCUUCCCCCAAUACCUGGGUUGGAAAUGAAACACGUCAGAUUCCACAGAGUCUAG